GUGUAUGUGGGGGUGUGUGUGGGUGUGUUGUGCCUGGGCGCCCGUCUGGGUUGUGGGGUUGGGAUGGUGCUGGCGCGGCUCCAGGUUCGCGGAGACGCCAGCGAGCGCGGCUUUAAUUCCUGCGCCUUUGGUUUUUGGUUUUCCUGGAGGUGGCGAUGGUGGUCGCGGUUUUGGUGGUCGCUCUGUCGCCCGCUCCUCUCUUGCCCCUCGCUCGGGGGUUGGCGGGUUUGCCCGCCUUCAUCUUCCUCCGGGAGCGGCCGUCGCUGCUGCUGCUGCUCGUGGUCGCGGCGGUGGCGGUGGCGGCCGGGGACUUCCUCCUAUUGGCGGCGGCGGCGGCGGCCCGCCGGCCUUUGCCUCUGGUGCCCGUUUGCCUUUGCUGCUGCUGCUGCUGCUGCUUCUGUCUCCGGCUGAGCCGCAGGCAGCCGCCCGCCUCCCCUCGCCCGCCUCGGGUCCCCCGACCUGGAGCCCGGCCCCGGGUCCGCACCAGCGAGCCGUUGCGGACCAGGUCGCCGACCGCCGUGCGGAGCUGCGACUUGUUCUUCUCUACGUCGUAGCCGCUGGAGAGCAGGGCCUCCCGGAGGGAGGUUGUCCAUUCACUCCCAUAGCAGGGGCAAGAAUUGACCUUCAAUCCCAGGAAACUAUGGCGAACUGCGUCAGUCGUGAUGGUGAACAAUCUGGGAGGCAGCAAGGGACAGAUGCCCAUUGUGGAUUUAAAUAUCUGUGCUCCCCAGGCAUCAGGGGUCACUUUGAAGACAGGACAGAAAUCCAUGGAGCUGGUGCUGAUGAUGAUGAGGAGGUCUCUGCUACAAAGGAAAAUCACAGCAGGCUGGGCGAAGACUACCUUGAUGAUACCCUGGAGUAUUUACUGGAUGAAGUGGAGAUUCCCCACAUAAUCUCUCCGGGUGAUAACAAGUUUAGCCAGAGUUGAUAAGUGCUGUACGAUGUGAACAACGCUCUAAAUUUAUAUUCCAAA